AUGCGUUUCGAUUUCUUUCGUACGAAGCGCCAACCCUGCCACAAUGAACGACUUGUGCUUUUCUUCUCUCUAUUUUUUUGUUUAGUCUCUACUAACCACUAUUCAAUCCAACACUGUCUUCCUCUCAGUCAUUGUUUCCUUAUCAGUCUUCCUCUCUCUUUUACGAGAUAUCAUUUAUAUUUCUAUUAUGUUGCUUUCUCUUCCGACCACAACCAUAGCGGCGAGAGCGCCAUUGCGAUCGCCAUUACAAACAACGAUAGCGCCUUCCUUCCUUUCUUUCUUUUCCUUGCUUUCUUUCUUUUCCUUGCUUUCUUUCUUUCGCCCAUUUCGCUUCCUUUCUUUCUUUUCACUUUCUGCCUUUCAUUUCUCUUUCAUUAUUUCUUUCUGCCUGUCUGUCUUUCUUUUCCUUUCUUUCUUUCUUUCGUCGAUUUCUCUUUCUUUCUUUCUUUCUUUCUUUCUUUUCAUUUUAUUUCUUUGAUUUCUCUUUCUUUCUUUCUUUUGCUUGCUUUCUUUCUUUCGUUCAUUUCUUUUUCUUACUUUUAUUUCUCUUUCUUUCUUGUUUUCUUUUCCUUGCUUUCUUUCUUUCGUUCAUUUCUCUUUCUUUCUUUCUUUCUUUCUUUCUUUCUUUUUCUUCUUUUUUUCAUUCUCAUCAUUCUUCUUCUUCUUCUUCUUCUUCUUCUUCUUCUUCUUCUUCUUCUUCUUCAGAAAUGUUCAUCUAUUUUUCUCUCUUUCAUUUUUUUGAGUUAUCCUACUCAUUAUUAUAUUUACGUCAUCUAUCUCUGCCACAUUUUUCUUCUUCUUUUUCGAUUUUCUCUUUCAUCUCUUUUUCUUUCUUUUUAUUUUCUUUUUUCUUUUUUUCUUUUUAUCUUUACACUAUUUAUCAUCUGUCAUCUUCUUUUUUUCUUCCACUUAUCUUUUUUCUGUGGCAAAUUCUUUUUCUUUUUUCUCCUUUUUUUCUCUUCUUCACUUUCUUUUUUCUUUUUUUCUUUUUCUUCUUUUCCCUUCUUCUUUUCUUUUUCUUCUUCUUUUUCUCUUUCUUCUUCUUUUCUUUCUUCUUCUUCUACUUUUUCUUCUUCUUUAGACAUUUACAAGAAAUAUACUUAUGUACGCCUAGUGCACAAAAUGCUAGCAAAUCAUUGA